AUGAAAGAUCUUGUUGCCUCUCAAUCCUUUAUAAAUAUUAACAAUUAUUUCAACUAUAAUGACUGUGGUAGUGCUAGAAGAUCAGUUAUUUGUGACGUUUGUGGUGAAGAAGGGCAUGAUAGAAGUACUUGUAGUUACAAUUCUAGAAAGUCAACAAUUACAUGUGGAAAUUGUGGUGAAGAAGGGCAUGAUAGAAGUACUUGUAGUUACAAUUCUAGAAAGUCAACAAUUACUUGUGGAAAUUGUGGUGAAGAAGGGCAUGAUACAGUAGAAGUACCUGUAGUUACAAUUCUAGAAAGUCAACAAUUACUUGUGGAAAUUGUGGUAGAGAAG